AUGAAUUGUUGGUUCAAGAGUGAAUCGGUGAACUUUAAGUUCAACUCAGACAACUUUUUUAUUGAAAUAAUAUGCACGGAUGAAUCAUUGGACAUCAACAAGAGUUUGGAGAAAGUUCCGAAAUUCGAAAUGCCUACAAGAGCUAUGUUCAGUUUAAGAAAAUGUCUACAGUUGCCUGAUAUUCUAAAACGGAAUGAUGUCAUAUAUGAUGCAGUGAUAAUUGCAAUAGAAUCAAUGCCAAUGAGUUUGCUUCACAACUCAAGUGGUAUAGAGAGUUUAACGGUAAAGUCUUAUAUACCAAUAUCACCAAUAUUCUUUUUGCACCUCAAGUCGCUGAGGUCCUUAACAUUUGAAAUACUUGUGAAUUAUUUAGACGCUGAUAGACCCGUGUAUUUAACUACGGAUCACUUUCAAAAUUUGACCGAUCUCGAGAAUGUAACCAUUACAUACACCUUUUCUAAUAGUUUUCCUGCGAAUAUCUUCUCAUCACUUGCAGAACUACAACAACUGAGCUUACAAAAUAAUGAACUAAGUGAAAUUCAGGAGAGUUCGUUCGCUGCUCAAGAGAAGCUCAUUAGUCUGGAUCUCAGUAGGAACUUCCUCAAAUAUUUGCCAGAUAAAUUAUUCGAAAAUACAAGCUCUCUAAGAUAUCUGUACUUGUCCGAAAACUACUUCAGCAAUCCCUCAAUUAUCAUUGCUUGCACCAAGCCUUUGGCAUAUUUAAACGGACUGGAUUUGAGUCACAACAAAUUGCGUACGAUUACUGGUAAUGAUUCCCAUGUCAAUGAGACGCUCUUAACCAACUUCGAACAACUGAAAGAUUUCGCGUCACCACUUUCGAACAAGAACCAUAGCGGCGAAAGCGAAAGACGCCAUUUCAUAUGGCUCGACCUAAGCUUCAACCCUAUAAAAAUAUUCAAUACGAAUUGGUACAAUAAAAUGCGUACGAAGCUCCCCAUAAUCACAAUACUUCCGAGUAAUAAGAAGGAAUAUAGAUAUUUAGCUUUAUCACUGUUUGAUGCGCGCCCGCCAUACAAAAGGCAAUUUUAUUACGCGGCAGAUCCACAAGAGUGCUAUAAAAGCCUAUAUACUGUUAGGUACAUGCAAGCUAAUAUCCUUGAAGCCACAGGCGUAUGCCGGUGGUUGCCUGACUAUGGAAAGUGUGAGUACGUUUGGAAUGCCGCAAUGCUCUAUAUAGACUGUAGCAGCAGAAACAUGACGGAGUUUACCCAAUUAACUAGUCCCUCACAUUUCGGUGUGAAGUAUGCGAAUCUCGACAUCAGUUACAAUAAACUAAGCGAGCUACCCGAAGCGACGACUAUCGCUUAUUUGGAUGUGAUCCAGUUAAAUGCGUCGCACAAUCAAUUGACGGUCAUCAGGUCCACUCAACUACCGUCGAACUUAGGCAUGUUGGAUGUGAGCAACAAUCAAAUGGCGCACUUAAGUCCAGCUCUUCUCCAUCGAUAUAUGCUAAGGGACCAAGCAGUCACACGCCUCUUCCUCCGUGGCAAUCCUUGGCGCUGUGAUUGUAGCGCCGAGCACCUUAUGUUUGCUGUGAAGGCUUUUCGCAGCCAUAUAUUCGAUGCGGAUCAAAUGCAUUGUGUAAAUGAACCGACGAGAGGAGUUUUGGAUCUUACCUAUGCGAGUAUUUGCCCCGAAAAGUGUGAAAAUUUGUUGGACAACGAAAUGCUCUAUAUAAACUGUAGCAGCAGAAACAAUGCGAAAUUUGCUCUUGUAGAUGGACCAGCACAUUUCGGUGCUAAGUAUGCGAAACUCGACAUCAGUUACAAUCAGCUACGCGAGCUAUCCGCGGCGACAACUAUUGCUCAUUUGAAUGUAACUCAGGUAAAUGUGUCCCACAAUCAAUUAACAGUCAUCGGGCCCACUCAACUACCGUCCAACUUAAGUGUGUUGGAUGUGAGGAACAAUCAAUUGGCGCACUUAAGUACUGAUUUCCUCCAACGAUAUUUGCAUAAGAAUCAAUCAUUGACCCGCCUUUACCUCAGCGGCAAUCCUUGGCGCUGUGAUUGUGACGACGAGCAGUUUAUGCUUGCCGUGAAGGCAUUUUCCAAACGCAUACCGGACGCAGACCAAUUGCACUGUGUUAAUGAGCCGCGGAGGAGAAUUUUAAAUCUUACUUAUGCGGAUAUUUGCAGCAUUAAGGAAUCGAUUUUCUCACCAGUUUAUAUUGGCGUUUCCUCUGCAGCUAUUUUAACGCUCAUCCUUAUUGGCCUCUCCUUAAAGUACAGUCUACAAUUGCGCAUCUGGUUGCAUAGUCACAACAUAUGUCGCCGCUUCAUCAACGAAAGUGAAUUGGAUAAGAAGAAAAAUUUUGAUGCUUUCAUCUCGUACGCUCAUCAGGAUGAGCAAUUCGUUAACAAAACAUUGCUGCCGGGCUUGGAAAAGGGUCCGACACCUUUUCGUAUCUGCACACACGAGCGCAAUUGGUUGGCCGGCGCUUAUAUACCCGAACAAAUAAUCGAGUCGGUCGAACAGUCAAGCCGCACGAUCAUCGUACUCUCACAGCAUUUCAUCGAAUCGGAUUGGGCGCGUAUGGAAUUUCGUAUGGCUCAUCAGAGUUCGUUGAUUGAGGGACGUCCGCGUCUGGUCAUUAUUAAAUAUGGUGAGAUAGUCAAAAGUAACUUAUUGGAUAGGGAGCUGAGAGCUUAUUUGUCUAUGACCACCUAUUUGGAUUGGAAGGAUGAAAGGUUUUGGCAUAAACUUCGUUAUGCAAUGCCUCAUAAGAAGGGGGAGGCACGAGAUGCGGACAUGCUUGAGACGGGGCGCAAAUACGUUAUCGGAGAGAUGGAAUUGAAUGGGCCAUGUACAGCAAGAAAUUGA